AAAAGAUGUGAAUGUCGAUACAGGACAGAAUGGCUCGAUUAUCGAUGAAAGUCCAAUGCUAAAGUUUCAUUGGAAACUUUUAUUUCAAUCCGCUGGUGGUCCAUUUUUGGAUGGUUGGUUAUUAAGUAUUAUUGGUAUUGCCUUAGUCGGCAUGCAAACGGAUUUAAAAUUAACCAUCACCGGGGCUUCGGCUCUGAUUGGGAUUUUCUUUGGUGGAUUAUUUUUUGGUCGAAUCACAGAUAUUGUAGGACGGCAAUUAAUGUAUACCCUAGACUUAAUUGCGCUUGUUGUAUUUUCUGUAUUAUGUGCUUUUGUUGACAGUGCUUGGCAAAUUAUAUUACUUCGAUUCAUUAUUGGGGUGGCAAUAGGUGCAGAUUAUCCAAUUGCAACUUCUUUGUUGGCGGAGUGGUUACCUGUUAAAAAACGUGCUGCGAUGCUUGGUUUGUUAGUUGUCGCAUGGUUUGUGGGAGCGACUGUAGCGACAUUUUUAGGUUUUGGGAUGGCUGAGUAUUUAGGUGAUGGGUCUUGGCGCUGGAUGCUCGCCACCGCAGCAGUACCCGGCAUUAUUAUUCUGUUAAUGCGAAUUGGUACACCAGAAUCUCCACGAUGGUUGUUAUCUAAAGGACGUAUUGAUGAAGCAAAACGGGUGGUUAAGCGGGUAUAUGGUGCUGAAGCAACGAUUGAUUCUAUUGUUGCAGAUGAAGCAAAAAUUCAGUUAAAAGCUGGCUUUGGUACAUUACUCAAAGGAAUUUAUUUCAAAAGAAUAAUUUUUUGUGGAGUAUUUUAUUUAUGUGCUGUGACGCCACUUUUUGCGAUUUAUACUUUUGGUCCAGUGAUUCUAAAUGCAUUCGGUAUACAUAGUGGUAAUAUUUCUAAUGUGGGUUAUGCGCUGAUUAGUUUAGUUUUCUUAAUUGGUUGUAUACCAGCAUUGAGAAUGACAGAAACAUUUGGACGGCGUCCGUUAUUAUUGUGGUCAUUUUUCCUAAUGAUUAUUCCAUUUGUUGCUUUGGGCUUCGCACCAAAUGCACAUGUUGGAUUUAUCAUUUUUUGGUUCGCAAUGUAUGCACUGGUUUCGGGAGGACCGAAUAUUUUGGAGUGGUCAUAUCCAAACGAGUUAUUUCCAACCGAUAUUCGGGCAACGGCGAUGGGUGUGGUGACUGCAAUUAGUCGAAUAGGUGCUGCAGUUGGAACGUUUUUAAUGCCACUGUCGAUUGAGCAGUUUGGUGUCGGCCAAACCAUGUAUUUUAUGGCAAUUUUGACUGCUAUUGGUUUUGUUGUCUCAUUCUUACUCGCACCUGAAACAAAAGGAAAAUCGUUAGUUGAAGCAAGCUCU